AUGUAUACUAUCAAUAACCAUUUGCAUAGAAAAACAUCAUCAAACAUCAAAAGCAAUGAGGUACAAAAAUACAACUAUCCCAAAUAACAUCAUAAAUAUUCCAAUACUCAACUAAUGUAGAAAUUGGCAGGUCUGUAAGUACUUAAGAAAUUAAUAACAGGACCAUCCAAAUCAUUAAAUCACAAUAACUCUAAGACCAGAAUACGUACAGAGGGGAACGAGAAGCAAUUUAAAGGUCAAAUGUCAAUCUCGCCAAAAAAAGAGAAAGAAAAGGAACAAUCUGCUUCACCUCCUUAAAGAAAUUCUCAUGCUUAAGUUAAUGUUAUUUCGAACCUAAUAAAUUAAAAUUUGAAUCAUACUGAAUAUAAACGAUUAACCAGAGAGCAGAGAAAUCAAAGUGCAGAUUUUCAAGCACUUUUAUCGCAAUAACGGAACGAGAAUGGCAAUUUGAAGAAUAGUACAAAAAAGAAAUUCAAUUCUUAUGGAAAUUUGAAUGAAUAAGUAUAUUUCUCAUAGAGAAGUGGAUUGUCUGAGUGCCCAUCUGCUUUACAACUCAUUCAAAACACUAUUGAUUAAAAACUCAUGGGAUUAAAGGGAUCUGCAUCUAUGAAGUAGUUUCCCUCUCCUCCAACUAUAAAACUAUAACAAUAAUAACAAAUAACAACCCAAGAAUUCAAAGAGAAAUUAAGCAACUUAAGUAGAGAUUUAAGGUAAAAUAAAAUUUAAAUUGAAGAUGAAUUGCUAAAGACAUAAAAGAAAUAGAAUUAAAAAUGUGUCACUCGAUAUGAUAAUAAAGAAGGGGAAAAGUAACAAAGGGAGAACAUAUCGCAGAGAAGUAAAUCAGUUGACUCCUAAUCUUCUUUAUUGGAAAAUUUAAAAUAACGUUAUGAGUGUGAUGAAACACAAAAAUUGAAUUACUAUCAGACUUAAGCAGAUGAUGAGUAUAGAGGCAACCAAUAAACUUAUAUCAAACAAAGAAAAUUGGAAAGCAAGAUAGAUCAAUUAGUAGUUUAAGUUCAAUUAUUAAAAAAGAAAUCUGAAUAGUUAGAAUUGUAAAAUAAGUUUCUGUUUGAAAAUCUAACUAAAUUUCAACAAGAAACAGAUUGCAGUACAGAUGAGAGAAACCUUUUGAUGAAUAAAUUAGAUUAAAUGAUAGGAAUGUAAAAACGGUAGGAAGAGAAUCUUAAUUUCUUUAAAUAGAUCUUUGCCAAAGGAUAUGAUCAAUCUCGAAGAAUAAAAACUGAGUAACAUCAGUAAUAAGUAGAAGAAGAAAAUAUGAAGAUAAAUUAGAAAACAGAAUCUAAAUAACGACCUUUUGUCAAGUCCGCUUAUUAAGGACUAGAUUUUAACAUUUGA